AUGAAGGCCAUUAGACGAUCGCUCAAAGGGGAAAAAGACCCCAAACCUCACCACCACCAUCUUUCCAUUACCCCCAAGUCAGCCAUUGCGAUUCUGCCCCCCAAGAAGGUGAUCAAAGCCCUCUACGACUACCAGCCGGAACCCGGAAACACGCAGGAAUUGGCCUUCAGCAAGGGAGACUUUUUCCACGUUAUCAGCAGGGAGGACGACUUGGAUUGGUACGAAGCGUGCAAUCCUCUCAUCCCUAGUGCCAGGGGGUUGGUGCCCGUUUCCUUUUUUGAGGCCAUUGGCAAGAACGAAAGAAAUAGUGGCGGGUCAAUCGACCUGCUUCAUAAGAAGAAAGAGUCGCACGACUCGGGUUUCUCAGAUCGCGGUUUCGCUUCCUUUCCUUCACCCGAGCAGUUUUCCACGCCGCCACAACAACAACAACAACAUCAUCAUCAACCGAAUCAGCCUGCGCCCCUCAGGAUGUCGGCCAUUGGGAAAAGUUCAAGCGCCAUGGUGUAUGGUAUCGUCCAAUAUGAUUUUCAGGCGGAGCGACCGGAUGAAUUGGAUGCGAAAGCAGGUGAGGCGAUCAUUGUCAUCGCCCAGUCCAACCCAGAAUGGUUCGUUGCGAAGCCGAUUGGACGUUUGGGUGGCCCUGGUCUGAUCCCGGUCUCGUUCAUCGAGCUCCGAGAUAUGCAAACUGGUCAAGCGGUGACCGAUCCGCUGGAAGCCGUCAAGCGCGCCGGUGUGCCGCGGGUCGAGGAGUGGAAGAAAAUGACUGCAGAGUACAAGAACAGCAGCAUUACGCUCGGCAAGAUUGAACCCACGCCUUCCGGAAUGCAGUCCAUGACUUCUGGAAUGGAGAAGAUGUCAAUGAGCCGCAACAGCGCCGGCCAUGCGAGCCAGGUCGGAAGUGUCAACGGCUACCACAAUCGCAACGCGAGCAAGGCCUCCCUUCCCCAGCAUCUGUCGCAACCGCCGGCGCAGACUUACCCGCAGCCUCUGAUGGCUCCAGUAGCCGCCUCCAUCCCUCGGUACUGCUUCGACAACGACAAGUAUUGGUAUAUCAUUGAGGCGAAGAUGGAGGACGGGCGCUGCUGGGAAUUGUCUCGCUAUUAUCACGACUUUUACGACUUUCAGAUUGCGCUCUUGACUCAGUUCGAUGACGAGGCCGGAAAUCGUGGGAAGCCCCGGACACUGCCUUUCAUGCCAGGACCUGUGACCCAUGUCACUGAUGCCAUCUCCAAUGGACGACGACAGAAUCUGGACGAAUACAUCAAGAAGCUCCUCGCCAUGCCCCCUCAUAUUUCUCGCUGCCAGCUGGUCCGUCAGUUGUUUGCGCCCCGGCUCAACGACUUCGAAAUCGACCCUAGCGCAUUCGGGGAAGAUGCUCGGUAUUCCGGUGGUUCGCAUCAUUCUUCCACACAAGAACCGUCGCGCAGCGCGUCGCGCCAGUCUUCCCAGGCGCAGAUGACCGCACACCCUGACCGGACCUCACACCAGCGCAACCAGCCGUCCCUGUCACUCCCAAGCGAUCGGCCUACGCAGAUGAACCGGCAGCCCAGCUCUCUCACCCAGGUCUCGACGGCCUCCAGCGGUAGUGCGAUGAAAGUCAAAGUCUUCUUCCAAGACGAUCUGAUUGCCAUCCGUGUCUCCAGCGACAUCAGUUUCCAGCAACUCCACGAGAAACUUGUGGAUCGUCUUAAAGUCAACGAGGAAAUCGUGGUACAAUACAAAGAUGAGCCCUCGGGCAGUUAUGUGGAUCUUGCCAGCGACAGUGAUCUGGACACCGCCAUUCAACGAAACUCCAAACUUACGCUAUACGUUGGGCUCGCCUAA